GUGCUAAAAUAUAUGCAAUUGAGUACGUGUCAUGUAAACAUUCAGUCAAACACAUCACGACAGGCGGUAUUUUCUGGCAGAUUGUUAACGGUAUUAAUGUCUACCAACUAUUAUGACAUGGAGGGAUAUUGUAUUGGAUCAACGCAAACUCGCGCAAAGAAUAAACUCCUACAGUGACUGGACUUCUCCGAAAUCGUAUAUUGAAUUAGCAGCUGCUGGAUUCAGCAAAAGAUGUCCAAGACGAAAAGUCUGCAAGAUGUUGCCAUAAUUAAACAAACCAAGAUCCUGAACAAGAAUACCAAAGUGGAUCAUCCGACAACAUAUAGGUUGCUGCAGAAGUGGAUAAGUUCAACUAUCUGGGCAGUAUCGUCGAGAAACGUGGGUAACCUGACAAGGACAUCCCCUUAUACUGGCACGGCAGAUAGAGUUAAGUGUGAUUACUGUAAUAAAAAAGUUGUCCAAUGGACUGUCAAUGAUGAUGCAUUAGAAGUUCACAGCAGAUACGGACCAGACUGUAUAUAUUUAAAGCAUCUUGGAUACACCCGAGAUUUAAAUUUGCCGCGUUUCUCAAAGUUUUCGAAGUUUGUGGACAGAUUAGAAUCUGUUAGGACUGUACAAGAAGAAUAUCGACUAAAUCUUCCCCCUUUUGAGUCUAUUGCCGAAGCUGGGUUUUUCUAUCUUGGAACACUUGAUCGGAUGAGUUGCUAUCAUUGUGGUUUAAUUUUGAGAGAUUGGGAAAGAGACACCGACCCUUUUGCCACACACAAACGGUUUCGUCCUGGGUGUUAUUUCAUUAUAUGUUGGAGUGUCCAAACCUCUGGUAGAAACAUAAACUCUCUUAUAAAUCCUUACACGGAAAAUCAAUCAAGCCCAUUGUCGAACCUAGCCCAACAAUCUCCAACAACAAAAAUAGGUGGAAUACUUGUUAAUCUAAGUGACUCAAGGACACCCAGAGAUCAGAAGAUGAUUGGGGCAUCAGAAUCGACUAACGAUUAUGGAAAUAAAUCUGAAAUACGGUAUCCUACUAAAGCAGGCAAAGGGAACACGCCUAAAUUAACACAUAAUCAGAUCACAUCAACAUGCAAAGGACAAUUCAACAACAGUUUUGUACCAACCUAUUCCUCAAAUAUUGAUACGGAUGUUCCUGAUGGGGCAGAUAAUGUUCAUGGUACCCCUCCAAACCAAUUGAAUUCUAAAAAUGCAUCACCGAAGACAAAGAAGAGCCGCCAUAAACAUAGACAGAGGCUACAAUCGUCCGAUAGCGAAAUGGAGAAGAAUAAAAUAAAAACUGACAAUGGAAAGACUGAUAAAACAGGUGAUGGGAACACCAACCAAAAACUGAAAGCAUCUCAAGCAACCGGAGCUAGCAAUUCCCAGACUUCUUCUGAAAAGGAGCUUAAAAACGCGAGGAAGAAGAAAGCGUCGGGGAUGCAGAAGACCAUUCCAAUUGCACCAACCGUAUCAAAUAAAGAAAGAAAUAAUGAUCCUUUGAAUCUUGGUAAGGGUAUAUUUGGUAGUAACUGUUCGCUUCCUAGACACCGUAAGUCAAUGUUUACAUCGUCAAACAAUUCCCAGAUUCCAGAAAGAGUUUCAUCAACUGCACACUUUCAUUUGGCAAAGCCGUUAAGCGAUUCCCUAGAUCAACAGCGGCAUACGCCAUCAACUAACAAUUCAUCACUAGCGGGGCAACCGUAUGUAUCCAAUGACAGUUCAUUACCUGAGGGUCAAACGUAUCUAUCGUACCAACCAAACAUGCCCGAAAUUCAUUCACCAGAAUUCGAAAGCCAACAAGCUGUAUCCCACGCAGAACUACAACAGCUUCAAAGCCUACCCGUAAACCGCACACAUUUUCCAGAACUUGCAGUUAGUACUGCUGCUGCAGACAGUCACAUAACCCAAUCUCUACCACCAAUGUUUAACCCAGAAGGUUUUAGCGAUCUACCAAUGAUUCAGGCCGUAUUACAGAUGGGAGAGGUCAGCUACGAUUCCGUUGUUAAUACCAUCUGUACCAGAUAUAACACUCACGGUGAUACUUUCCCUGAUGCACAAUCUUUGUUAUCAAGUAUUUUAGACUGUGGCGAAGAUUAAAGAUGCUUUAAGUAAGAGCUGAACCUACUUAUUGGAUGUCUUUAGUUUCGCUUCAAAUGUUAUAUACACUAUUAAUUAGACAGUAGAGACUUUUGGCAAGCGUAAAUUUCUGGUCCGUAUCCCGUAUCCGUAUGGAUUUUGCGUAUGACGUCAUCGAUGUGUGUAUAUUUCUCAUACGUGAUACGACACACGGAUACGGCAGCACGUAUCGAACAGCUUUUAUACGGAAAGGUCCGUAUAACAUUGUCGUGUCCUUUUACCGUCUUUUUUGCUAUUUUUAGACGCUGAAAUGUUGUAUCGUAGUGUUUUUAUGAAUCUUUGUGUAUUCUAGAACAUGAAGGUGUAUAUUUGAUGUGAUUUUAACCAUGAUGGUUGAACUACGUGCUAAAUUUAGGGAGGCGGAACCUUGUAAAUCUAUAAAUGAUUUUAUUCUGUGGUAAAGGGGUAUAAACUUUCUGAAAUGAUACAUUAGUGAAACCAAAAAUUGCAGUCGAGUCGAAGUCGAAGAUUUUAAAUAAGAUUCGACAUUAAUUUUUUUUAAUAGCUCGGCUCUAAUAGGCACUUGACUAGUACUGAUGGUGAUCUUGGUAGAUAUCUGCCAUCAUGCUGUAAUAGAACUAAGCUCAGCUGAUCGACGCACACGUACGCGACACGAAAAUCUGCCAAAACUCUUAAACUACAAUGACGCAACGUAUCACGUAUACGAUACGGAUAUGUGAUACGGAUGGGACAAUUCCGCUUGCCAAAAGUCUCUAUUGAUUCACAUAACAAGCCCGUAAUAUACUCGCUAGACAAUCGGAUAGCUGAGAUCUAAAAUGACUAAAACAAGGAUGUUCGUCCACAAUCAUGUCUGUUCUGUCAAAUGUUCAUGAUUAAUGUCUACCGUACUUGUAUAUUAUGUAUAACGUAUUGUGAUUAAUGUCUAAUGUCUACCGUACUUGUAUAUUAUGCAUACGUAUUGUUACUAAUUUCUACAUUACUUGUAUACUGUAUAUGUAUAACGUAUUGUUACUUACUUAUAUAUUGUAUUGUCGGACAUAUUUCCGUGUUUGUGUUGAUUUUGUUUAGGCCGGGUACUGUGUUUUUGUUGAUUUGGGAGGUUUCAUGUUUUUAGUGCGAUAAAUUUAUAUAUAUAUAUAUAUAUAUAUAAAAAAUAUAUGAUAUAUAGUUUUAUA